CCAGACGGGCGGUUCCUGUUCCCAGCCGGGCUCUGUUCGCUGCUGCACCGAGUCCAUCGGUCUCCGGAAGCCGCCAGGGGCCCGCGAGCCGCAGGUCUGUGGAAAGCAUUGCUCUGGCACAGGGACUUGCGCUGCCAGCUCACGUGUUGCUGCCUUUGCUCCCAGGAGCCUGCCAUGAAGGUGCCAGUCAGCGUGAUCCGCCUGCCCCGUGGGCCGGAUGGCACAAGCCGUGGCUUUGACCCCAACUCCCCUCGGUACCAGGCUCUGAGCCCCAUCAGCAUCUCCACUAUGGGCUGUGGGAACGAGGCAGAUCUGGAGCGGGAGCAGCAGGCCCGCGUGGCUCUGCGGGAGCGGUACCUGCGCAGCCUGUUUGCCAUGGUUGGCCACACCAUCCAUUUCACAAUGUACGAGAGAGUCAACGUCUCGGCCUUCUUCGACGCCUCCGACAUCGACAUCUUGAACUUCCAGGUGUCCGACCUGCAGACCCCGCUGGGUGUGCACAGGGAGGCGCUGCUCCGCUGCUCGGACAUCAUCUCCUACACCUUCGAGCUGUGACUCUGCCCCCCACCUGUCCUGCUUUCUAAUAAAAACACACUCGGGUA